AAAACUAAUCAAAGUGAUGGGCUUAGCCGUAUCGGCCUACUUUUCAAUUUUCAAAUAUGCUCUCAAAUUUCGAUUAAUCCGCCAAAGCUUCCUCUCUCCUCGCAUUUACUACUCUCUCUCUCUCUCUCUCUCUCUCUAGAUAUAUAUCUCUCUUCCGAUAAACCUCUGUAGCUCUGCAAAAAUGUUCGAAUUCUCACCCAAUUCAAAUUCCCUCUUCACUUGAAUUUUCAAACUCAAUUGUGAUUAAUUCCACCAAUUAAUUCAGUAAUGGCUACCUCGGCUUUCAGAUCAACCACGAAGAGAGACUCAAUCGGCGGAAACUCCAGCUCCGACAAUUCCCUCCGCCGCUCCCUCCGCCGUUCCCGCAGCCACAGCAGAUUCUCCCAUUCCACGGCGCCGGAUUCUCCGGUGACGGAGGCGGACUACAACAAAAACGUGCCCAGGGGGAAGUUCGUGAACACUACGAGGGGAUCGGCGUCGCCGUUCCCGGAGAUCAGCUUGGAUGAUCUGGCGCUCGAGUUCUUCUCCUCUUCUUCCUCGAAGAAUGACAACGAGAGCGACGGAGGAGCGGCGGAGCUGAAGCAGAGACGGGGGCGGUCGGUCUCGCGGCGUGGGGAGAUAGGGCGGUGGGCGAGCGAUACGGUGUCGUCUAGCAGAAAGGGGAGGUCGGUGUCGAGGAGCCGUGGUGGUGAUGUUGCUUCAAUUAGCUCCGCCUCAACGGCCAAAAAAAUCAUCUCGUCUGAUGCCGGUUCGCGGCGGCGGAGGUCCCUGUCGGUUGCGAGGUACCAAAUUAGCGAUUCUGAGAGUGAGGUGGAUCAUUCUCGGAAUUCAAGCAAUCAUGCUAUUGUGAAAACUCCCAAAAGUGGGAACAGCCAAAUGCCGUUGGCGCCGAAUUCAAUAGCUUCAAGCAAUCGGAGGUUGGGAAGAUCUCGAAGCCUCAAAGACAUCUCGCUUUUGCACGAUGGUUAUUCUAGCCACUCUUCUGCUCUAACUGACGACGAAUCAAAGGAUACUCACUUUGGAAAAAAUGGAUUUGAGAAGAUAAUCCGGGAAGUUUAUGCUAAUAAGAAGGCCGAACACCCUUCUGAAGAUACUGCAAAUGGUGGAUUGUACGAAGCAAUGCGGAAAGAACUCAGAUAUGCUGUUGAAGAAAUCCGAACUGAACUAAAUCAAGUCCGCCAAAACAAUUCAGUCAUGGGAAAAAAUCAAACAGAUUCAACUGGUGGUGCAGAAAAUUCUAGAAUCAGAGAUAAAUAUGAAUCAAAAUUGGAACAGUUGGAGAAGCACAAGCAAGAUCUUCUCACUGAAAUGUUGCUUGAGGAGCAAGGAGGUCGAGAGGCCUCCAAAAUGGUCGAAGAACUUCCUAAUUCAAUAAAUUCAGCUGCAGUGGAGAAGAAGCCAUUGCGUGCAAGAAAGAGAAGCAACGACAGAAAUAGGGUGUCAAAACGAUUGGUUGAGGAGGCAGAAAGAUACAUUGAGGAUUUCAUUUCCAAUGUUGAAGAUACAGACAUAUCUUCCUUCGACGGGGAAAGAAGUGACGGGAGUUCGACUUUAGGAGGGACGAAGAAGACAAGAGAUGCUGCAAUAAGAGAAGCUGAAACUAACAAGACUAGCAAAGGGUCUACAUGUCGCCCUGUUGAAAUGGAUGGUGUUAUUCUGCCAUGGUUGCAGUGGGAAACUAUUCAUGAUGGUUCUCCAUUAGGAAAGAACAGGGCACAUAGUCCUGUGACUCCAAAAUCUCUAAAGAAAGACUCGGAAAAGGAUAUUGUCCCGUUACACGAUCCGAGUAGUUAUUCCAUGAGCAGUCAUGGUAGUUGGAGCCCAGGUAUUUUCCAUAGUCCUCCGAUGAAUAAAAAAGAAGACGCAAGCAAAACUAGACAAAUCGCCAGCUUCGACAUGGAUGAGUACGUUAAACUCCGUAACAGUGAAGAAUUGUUGUUUGAAAUGUAUAUACAACGGAACAGAAUCAAUUCAGGCGGUCUAUUGCUUUGUGGUGGCGGUAUCCACUACUAAUUACUUCCAAGCUUCUGUAAAGACUCGUUGAAUAUCGAUUAUUAAGUAGUGUUUGAAAAUAAGUAAGUAGUAACAGCAGCACAUGGUUGUUAUAUUGCAGCAGUGGAAAUUAGUUUUGCAUGGGGGGUUCAUUACAUAGUAUGUAUUUGCAAUAAAAUCCCCGUUUAAUAAG